AUGGGCAAUAAAGUGGUUACAUUUACAGAACAACAAUUGGAAGAUUAUCAGGACUGCACUUUUUUUACUAGGAAAGAAAUACUUAGGGUGUUCAAAAGGUUCAGGGAAGUGAACCCCGAGUUGGUGCCGAAACGGAUGACGGAAAACCAGGCGCACACCAUCGCUGUGCCGGUUGAAGAAAUAGAAAAGCUGCCCGAACUAAAGGAAAACCCGUUCAAGAGACGCAUCUGUCAGGUGUUCUCUCACGAUGGAUCAGGCAACCUGACGUUUGAAGACUUCCUGGACAUGAUGUCGGUGUUCAGUGAAGCAGCUCCUAGAGACAUUAAAGCAUGGUACGCCUUCCGGAUAUACGAUCUGGACGACGAUAUGUACAUCGGACGAGAAGAUCUACUCGAAGCGACGCGAUUACUGACCAAAGGGGAACUGCACCAGCAGGAGCGGGACGACAUCGUCACAAGUGUCCUGGACGAGGCGGACGUGGACGGGGACGGACGACUGUCGUUUAUGGACUUUGAGCAUGUAGUUGUGCGCGCCCCGGACUUCUUGUCCACGUUUCAUAUUAGGGUAUAGAACACAGAAAUUGACUUUAGCGUUUUCUAUGUUCUGUGGACUCAAUAAUCAUUAAAAUGUAGCAGUUUCUUUUGAUUUAUUUGG